ACUUCCGGGUGAGUGUUAGGGGAGGGAGGAGGGAGCAGGGAGGGGGCCACCCACCGCCUGGCGCCCCCGCCCUGCGGGUGUCUCGCGCGCAUUCCGUGCGUGUGAGUGUGUGGGUCUGUCUCGCGCCUAAAGUGCGUGCCCGCGCGCUCCGCCUCGCGCUCUCCCCCCUCCCCUCGCCCCCUCCUGAUCCUCCCACCCCGCGCGGCUCCCUCCUUUCCCAGCAAACGCCGCCCCUCCCGCGCUCUGGCUCUGGCGCCGCCGCAGCCGUCGCCGCCGGGUGAGUCUCGCGCCGCUGCAGCCGGCGCGCGCCAAGCUCUCUGCUCCUCCCCCUCCCCUUUUCCUUGGGGGGGCGGGGAAGGGGGGGUCCUCGGUGUGACUGUAUGUGUGUCCGUCCCGGAACCGGAAGUGGUUGUGCAGGAGCGGGCGAUGGGGAGGAAUGGGGGGGCUUAGGGGGCGGGUGUCUGUCUGGUGGGUGGCAGAGUUCAGCUCCCAGGAGGGGAAGGAGGGGCGUCCCAAAGAAGGGUCUUUGAGAAAGGGGUGGGGGACGACCUCAGGAGAAGGCUUCCAGGGCCUGUCGCCGGGGAGCGAAGGUUUCGUGGGGACCACUGGGGUCUCCAAUAGAUAGAACACUGUGCAGGCUGAGGGAGGUACUUCUUGGCGCAAGGCCUUGGGUAGGCAGGAGCGAAGUCCUCGCAGAAGUGGGGGGGAGGCCAGAGGAAGUGGCUGGGCCUGAACUGGCACUGUGCCUGACACAAGGCUUGUGCAUACCCCCCAGUCCUCAGUUUUGCCUUCUGAGCCCAUCCUCAGGGGGCAGGGACACUUCUCUUCCUCCAACUCUUCUGUCCUUUGACCCGUGGUUACCCGUGGCCCUGGGGAACGAAGAAGUAGUGUCUGAGCCCAGGAGUGAAACCCCGACACUGGUGAUAGAGUUCACCUUAAUUGCUAGGAACUGGAUUUAUUGCCCUUGUGUCCACAUAGGGGGUGGCACAGCCCUCCUGUUGUUAAUAAUCCGUGCGUCUUUGGAUCGUUGCUUGGGGGUCUGCCUGCCUUCCAAACUAACUGCUGACAGUCAGAGAGUUCCUGAAGUUCUUCACAAUUCUCUGGUGGCUGCACCUUCCCUGGCCCCUGUAACUCAGACACUUUGUUUACAGAAAGUUCAGGAGCCCUGGAAAGGAGAAGGAAUAAGACGACAGGAGGAAGAGAGAGAGAGGGUAGAAUGGAAGAAUCUCACUUCAAUUCUAACCCGUACUUCUGGCCUUCUAUUCCCACAGUCUCAGGACAGAUUGAGAACACGAUGUUCAUCAACAAGAUGAAGGAUCAGCUGUUGCCAGAGAAGGGCUGUGGGCUGGCUCCACCCCACUACCCUACCUUGCUGACAGUGCCUGCCUCAGUGUCCCUGCCCUCGGGCAUCAGUAUGGAUACGGAGUCCAAGUCAGACCAGCUGACUCCACAUAGCCAGGCGUCCGUUACCCAGAAUAUCACGGUGGUCCCUGUGCCGUCUACAGGACUGAUGACUGCUGGUCCGGGUUUGGUAAUCACGUCCCCCUCAGGCUCCCUUGUGACCACAGCUUCAUCAGCUCAGACCUUCCCCAUUUCGGCUCCCAUGAUUGUCUCAGCUCUUCCCCCUGGCUCACAAGCCCUGCAGGUGGUCCCCGACCUCUCCAAGAAGGUAGCAUCAACCCUAACGGAGGAAGGAGGUGGAGGAGGUGGUGGAGGUGGCAGUGUGGCGCCUAAGCCCCCUAGGGGGCGAAAGAAGAAGCGGAUGCUGGAGUCAGGGCUGCCUGAGAUGAAUGACCCGUAUGUCCUCUCCCCUGAGGAGGAUGAUGACCAUCAGAAAGAUGGCAAGACCUACCGGAGCGAAGGGAACUGCGGCACAGGAAAUGGACAGAGCCUUGGGCUCAUGGAUUCAGUUCCCGGCUCCACCACGAACUUGCUGUGUGACCCUGGGUGCCGGAUGUGCUCACUGACAUUCUACUCAAAGUCGGAGAUGCAGAUCCACUCCAAGUCACACACCGAGACCAAGCCCCACAAGUGCCCACAUUGUUCCAAGACCUUCGCCAACAGCUCCUACCUGGCCCAGCACAUCCGUAUCCACUCAGGGGCCAAGCCCUACAGUUGUAACUUCUGUGAGAAAUCCUUCCGCCAGCUCUCUCACCUCCAGCAGCACACCCGGAUCCACUCCAAGAUGCACACCGAGACCAUCAAGCCCCACAAGUGCCCGCACUGCUCCAAGACCUUCGCCAACACCUCCUACCUGGCCCAGCACCUCCGUAUCCACUCGGGGGCCAAGCCCUACAACUGUUCCUACUGCCAGAAGGCCUUCCGCCAGCUCUCCCACCUCCAGCAGCACACACGAAUCCACACCGGAGAUAGACCAUACAAAUGCGCACACCCAGGCUGUGAGAAAGCCUUCACACAGCUCUCCAAUCUGCAGUCCCACAGACGGCAGCACAACAAAGAUAAACCCUUCAAGUGCCACAACUGUCAUCGGGCGUACACAGACGCAGCCUCACUGGAAGUGCACUUGUCUACGCAUACGGUGAAGCAUGCCAAGGUGUACACCUGCACCAUCUGUAGUCGGGCAUACACGUCGGAAACAUAUCUUAUGAAACAUAUGCGCAAACACAACCCUCCUGAUCUCCAGCAACAAGUGCAGGCAGCGGCAGCAGCAGCAGCAGUGGCUCAAGCUCAAGCCCAGGCCCAGGCCCAGGCCCAAGCCCAGGCCCAGGCCCAGGCCUCUCAGGCAUCACAGCAACAGCAGCAGCAGCAGCCGCCACAGCCACCGCACUUCCAGUCCCCUGGGGCAGCACCCCAGGGUGGUGGUGGUGGGGACAGCAACCCCAACCCUCCACCCCAGUGUUCCUUUGACCUGACCCCCUACAAGACGGCGGAGCAUCAUAAGGACAUCUGCCUCACUGUCACCACCAGCACCAUCCAGGUGGAGCAUCUGGCCAGCUCAUAGAGACCUGUGCUGCAACCCACUGGGAAGAGAGGAAAGAAGUUCUGGUCCUUUCUCUCCAACUUCUCUUGGUGGGAAAAGUCCUCUUCUUCCUUGACAGGCCUUGGCUCCAUCUCCUUGGGCCUCAGGCACAGCCUUCCUUCACAGGAUAUCAUCCUUAUUCUCAACUCCUCUUCACAAGGAAUAUCAGCCCUCCUGAUUGGCAAAGGUUACUGAGCUGGUAGUGUAAUCCAGCAGCUUCCCUCCCAAGCAUAGCUUUUAAAAAUUGGGGGUUGGUGCUCAAGGGAGGGAGUUGCUAUGACCUCAUAGAAAUUUUUCCAGUGUGGGCACUUACCCUCUCCUUACCCUCAUAAUCCUCAGAGUUCAGGCUGAUAGAUGACUAGAGGCUGGCCUUCCCAGAUAUGAGAGAGAAGGGAGCCCUGUAUGCAACCAGCCUUCUGUUCUAUUCUUGCCUGUGAAAGAACAGAGAGGUAUCUCACGUACCCCAGCCCCUGGGAGCCGUUUUCUUCCCCUCCGUGGUCUCACUUCAUUUCCUACUUAAUGCUGGAAGGAGGAGAUCUGGGUGGGUGUCAGACCCCCUUUAUUUGUAAGGGGGCAAGGGCUGAGAUGUGGUCCCCAAGGGGCCGGAGAUCCCCAAGAUGGUCAGGGGUGGCUUAGAAGUGUGGGUUAUGGUUUUUCCCUUCUCUGACAACCAAGGCCCUAUCUUCUCAGUCUCCCCAUCCUAAAACCUAAGGAGCUGUGGGAGCUUUGUGUUCUUUAUAAAACCCCAGAAUGAGGGGUAUCGCAGAGAAGGGGGAGUGCAGGGCAAACACGAGGACUGGACUAGCUCCCUAGGUGCCACGGUCAGUUGCCGGACAUGGAUUUAUAUAUAAAUAUAUAUAUAUAAAUAUAUAUAUACCCACUCAUCACGGCCAUCUUUGUUGUAACCAUUUCUGUGUUUAUAAAUGCAUUAUCUCUGAGAAUUUUCAUAUUUGACGUUUUGUUUAUUUUUGUUCUUUUUUUCCUCCACCCUGUCUUCUGGCCAAUGGCUUUUUUAGUUCCUUUUUUUUUUUUUUUUUUUUAAACCAUGGCAGAUUUCAGAGAAAAGAGAAAAUGAAAAAAAAUCAGGAAACCGGUUGUUAUAAAGCAAUUUAAAAUGAAGAAAAAAAAAAACUUAUGUACAAACCAAGGGGUGUUUUUAGAACCUUGUAUAGAAAUAAAUUCGUGUAAAAGGAUCAGAGGCAAUGGAGCUACUGAUGUGAGCAUGGGAAAAAGCUGUUUGGAGGGAAGUUCAGGAUUGCGUGUGUGUAGAAUGAAUGUUGUGUGGUAAUAAGGCUCCACGUGUGUAUCAACCUAGAAAGGUAUAUAUAGCUUGGUAUUUCUAAAAUGAAAUUUUUGUUAAAUGAGGGUUUCUACAUACAAAUCCUGUCCUGGGGACUGCGUUGUCUAAAUAAGUAAGCAGAAUGCUAGUCAUGUUAACAAAACAGCUAAACUCCCUAAGAGAUGGUUGUACGUUUUUGGAAGUUUCUGUACUGCCUGAGCAUCAGUGGGCUCAGUGCUAAUUCCAGAUCUUGGUGUAUGUUCAUUAUCUUGCGCACCUAAAAACCAGACAUUUCCAGUAAUGGAAAUCUUAACUAGGAUUGAAUAAUGAUGCAGGAUAAUUAAUGGUUGAGUUGUAGAACAUGGACAGGAAACACGAUCUUCAGCUCUAAGUCUGCCAUCAACUGGGUGACCAAGAUGCUGCUUCAGCUGUUAAAUGAAGGAAUUUGACUAGAUCACCUCCAAGAUUACUUUUUUAAAAAUAACCUUUACCGAAAAGGGGUGACAAAGCACCCACAUCUCACAACAGGGCUAUUUUCUAUGGGACUGCUGGGUAACUUCAUUACCCAGUGGAGUGUGAAUAGUCAAAUAUGCUUAUGUUAGGGCUGGGGCUCACAUGUCCAUCCAAAAUAGUGUCUCAGUCUGUUGUGACACUUGAAUGUAUCACAGGACCAAAUGUGCCAAUAUUUGUUAGCUUUUUGAAUAUUCUCUGCUCUUUUGCCCUCCCCUCUAAGAGGUGAAAGGUCCUUAUAGCCCUGCCUUCACAGAUAUUAGAAAUAGAAUCUAAGGAAAGAGUUACUGCAACAACCUUUAAAUACUGUUACUCAUUUUAUGGCAGAAUAGGCACUGAUUAAAUUACUCAUCAUUUAUAGGGUGAAGUCAUCUAGAUUCUUUUGCUGUAUUUUACCACCUGUUCAGUAGUAAAUGGGGUUUCACUUUACCCUUCAACUCUGGUCUAAAUUAUGUGGCUAAAGAUUUUAAUUAAAAACCUGCCAUGUGACACUGGUAAUUGUCUAGAACUUGUGACUUAGGGGCGCUAACUGAGACACUAUUUUACUUACACUACUAUUAGGUUAUGGGUUUUGAAUUCUGUUUCCCUAGUGUGAUACCACUCUGUAAUAUGCUUGAUUGCUUUACAUCCUGAUGAAAAGCCUAGUGUUCAUUGUACCCUAGGUGACUAGGGUGAUAACUGGCAUCUAAUUGGCCCAGUCACAACUUGGAAACAGAACUCCAAGUCCCAAUUCUUUCAGACUCGUGGUACUAAUUAGCAGCACAUGUACACUCGAAUUAGAAGGGAGGCAAAAACAAGAUAUGACUGGAAGUACUGUAUGUCAUGUGAGAAUAUAUGCAAAUGUAAAAGGAACCAUGAAAAAUGUGGAGAACUACGGCUUUGUGAUUCUUUAUAAGUAUAAUUCAUAUAUAAAUAACAAAAAUUUUCCACGUUAAAAAUAACCUCGGGGAGAUGAUGUUUGUGUGAGUGGACAGAAAUGUGAAGGUUUAAAAUCAACCAGAUACUCCUCCUAAACUUCUUUAAGACACCACCCUGGGGAAAGUCUUGAUUCAGCCGGGACUUGCUCUGGUCACCAGAUUCAUAUUUUGCAAAAGGGAAAAGAGAUAUUUAUGAAAUAACAGAUCUAAAGUGAAAAGUUUUCUUUGCUUCAUUACUUCACGGACCCGUUUUGGAGGGAAAAAAAAGUUUGCUUGAGAGGCAAAAUGGCGACCUCGAGUGACGUCAUGCCUGCCUCGGUCGCGUACUGUGGUUUCAGUAAGGGCGGAAGUGGCUAACGGUGCCUCCUUACGGGCGCUUCUGGCUCCCUUCGCAAAAGGAAAGGUUUCAACGUUGGGCG